CUUUACGGCUUUCUUCCGCUUUCCGCCAACAAACCGUACACAUCCGAAUGGUCUACUUCACACAAAAGUCCCCCAUUAUUUUCCCUAAACCUAAGUCCCAUGCAACAUUACCCACUUAAUUACCAAGCAGGUAAACAAUGACAACAAAGGCUCCCGAGACAACAGUAAAUGGUCCGGGAAUUCCUGCUCCAGGUUUUAGACAUUCCCUUCCGCAGAUUGCUUCAGUUUCGCGUCCUACGAAAAUAGCUCAGAGCAAGGCUGCAGCAAAGCCUGAUGUAGCGCAGGCCGAACACUCGACAUCAGAUGUUGAGGGUGUUGGAAAAGUAGUACAUAUUGGUUCUGAAGUGAUGGAUGACAGCCCAGAAAAGCAACUGCUAGAUGCUUUAGAUGACUCGGCUGCAGCUGCUGAUGCACAGGAGAAAAUGGACACUGACGAUGCACAGGAAAGCAAGGAUACAACAACUGAAGAACCCUUAAAAGACAAAAGUACGACAGCUGAUGAUGAUAAAUCUAAGGUAGAAAAGAGUAAAGAAAAUGCUGAAGGUAAAGAGGAUAAACCUGAUACAAAAGAAGAAUCUGUUGUAAUUAAAACCACUCCAGCAAAGGAAAAAAAGCAAAAGGGUCGGAAGAGAAAAACGCAAUCUCCGAAAAAGUCACCUGUUGGAACAGUGAAACCUAAAACAGCAGCUAGCCCGAAAAAAGCAAAGGUUGCUGAUAACACAUCUAUUAUACCAGCUGAAGAUGUGAAUAGCUCUGGUGAUUUGGAAAGUCCUAAAAGGCAAAGAAAGCCGAAGAAAUUUGAAGAUGACCUUGAGGCCGAAACUCCAACUAAGCCAGUUAUUGAAAAACCUGUAAAGAUGAAAGCUACACCAGUCGUUAAAGCUGAUCCUGAGUUGGAGGCUAAAUAUCCUGUGAAGUGGAUGGUAGGUGACAUGGUUUGGGCCAAAGUCUCGAGCCAUCCUUGGUGGCCAUGUAUGGUCUCAUAUGACCCCUUCACCGCUGUCUCCACACGCAUAUCUGCCAGACGUUCGCGGGAGUACCAUGUUCAGUUCUUUGGUGACUCAGCAGAGCGAGGAUGGAUCGCCUCAGGGAAUCUUCUUGAGUUUAAAGGCCGAGAAGAAUUUGACACUUAUGUACAGGACUUGUAUAGCAAAGCUAAAAACAAUAAAGAUUUGCAUAGAUUGAAAAAGUGGUAUGGUGUGCCUUCAAAUCGUAAGAAAGCCUUGGAUCGCGGGAUUGAGCAUGCAGAACAAGCGUUGCCUCUAAAUGUAGAAGAUCGUAAGGCUCAAUAUACAUUUACGUAUCAGAUUCCAAAGUCCAAGAAAGAUACUCAUUUAAAAGAGAUCAGUGAGGACGUGAAGAUCAUUAAAGAAGCAGGGAAAACUGACCAAACAAAACCAGCAAAAAAACGUAAACAUGAUGAAGUAGCCACACCUGAGAAGGGAAAAUCAGCAAGUAAAAAACAAAAGUUAGAUUCUGAAUAUGGAACUGCUCAGGUUGAUUCACCUGUUAAAGGUAAAAGUUCCGGAAAAAGGACAAGUGUUCAGAAACUGAAGUUAGAAACUGAGGGUUCGUUUGAGGUGUUUUGUCAGAAAGAAAAGGAAAAUGUGUUAGCAGAGCAUCCAGAGUUUACAGAUGAUAUGUUGCUUGAUUACUGCCGGCAGCAAUGGUGUAUGAUGAGUAAGAAACAAAAAUGUCGCUACAAGAGUAAAUACAGUGAUGAUAACGCAGAUACAGGUGAUGACAUGUCGUCACCAGGUCGUCGUAGAAGGCCGUCCAAGAAAGUCAUAGAAGCUGAAGAAGACAACAAAGCAGUUGAGGAGGUGUUGUCAGACAAAAAACCCUCGUCAUCGCCUGCUAGGUCAAAACCAACAAAAGAAGAUACGCCUAGUAGGAAGGCUAAAGCUUCUGAUAAAAAGCAAGAAGUACCUGUAAAAAAGAAAGGGCGACCAAGGAAAUCUGAGCCUGCUGUUGAAGCACCAGUUUUGCAAGCAAGCCCAGUCCCAGAGAAGGUGAAACCCAAGGUUAAGUUGGAGUCAAAACCAGCCCCUGUGACUGGCGAGGAAGAGGGUGUGGCAGGGGAGGGGCCAGGAGUCAGUGUGGAGGCUGGGAAUAAGGAGUCUGAGAAGGAGACUGAUGUCAAGCAGCCGUCAGUUAUACCAGCAAAGAGAGCAAAGCCCAAGAAGUCAUUGACAGCAGAGAGUAGCUCAAAUGGCGAGACUGACAGUGGGCGCUCGACUCCCACUAUCCAGCCAGAGCCGUUACGACCCAUCAAACGUGAUGAAUACGAGUAUGAAAUGGAGAUCUUCAAACUAUCGUCAGUAGGGUCUCAGAAGAAGGAAAAUCUUUGUCAGAUUUGUGAACAGACAGGUGAACUGCUUGAGUGUGAUGGGCCAUGUCAGGGAUUCUUUCACUGCGACUGUCUUGGGAUCACAAAACCUACGGAUGGAAAGUUUUUGUGUGAUGAAUGUACUAAUGGUGUUCACACAUGUUUUGUGUGUAAGAAAGCGGACCAAGACACCCAGCGGUGCUCAGUGGCGGUGUGCGGGAAGUUCUACCACUCUGAAUGCUUGAAGGAGUACCCUCAGACUAAGAUUGAGGGGAAAGGAUUGACUUGUCCAUUACAUCUGUGCCAUACAUGCUUUGCAAACAACCUUAAAGGCACUGCUGCAAAGUCAAAUGGACGUUUGCUGCGGUGUGUGCGAUGCCCGACAGCGUACCACGUGGGAGAUUUCUGUAUAGCAGCAGGCAGUAUAAACCUGACUGGAUUCAACAUCGUGUGUGCCAAGCACUUCCAACCAGUCGCCUCGAUGAAACAUCACACACAUGUCAAUGUUGGCUGGUGUUUCAGCUGCAAUAAAGGAGGCACAUUGCUGUGUUGCGAGAGCUGUCCAGCGGCCUACCACGCUGAGUGUCUCAACAUUGAUUUCCCCACGGGGAGUUGGUACUGUAACGAUUGUGCACGGGGGAAACGACCGCUCUAUGGGGACAUUAUCUGGGUCAAAUUGGGAAAUUAUAGAUGGUGGCCGGGUGAAAUAUGUCAUCCACGUAAUGUUCCCCUCAACAUCCAGGAGAAGGCUCAUCAGGUUGGGGAGUUCUCUGUGCACUUUCUAGGCUCACACGAGUACUUUUGGCUACAUCAGGGCAGGGUGUUUUCAUUCCAAGAUGGAGACAAGGGUACUGGAGGAUCAUCUUCGAACAAAGGUCUCGCUAAACAUUUCAUAAAAGGUCUCAAGGAAGCUACGGAAGGCUUCAAGGCUGUAAAAGAUUUCCGUGAAAACCGAGAACAACUUGAACUGGCCAAGGAAAGCAAGAAACCGGCUGCAUUCAAAAUGGUCAAGAACAAUAUCCCAUUAGGCAGUGUAACCAUCAAAAAGGCUGACCUGUCAGAACUACCCCGCUGUGAUUGCAAGCCGGACCAGGAGAACCCUUGUGGGCGUGAUUCAGAAUGUCUCAACGGCAUGAUGAUGUACGAGUGUCACCCGGCCCUCUGUCCAGCAGGGGAGAACUGUCAUAACCAGUUCUUUACAAAGAGGCUUUACCCACCGCAGCAGCCGUAUAAGACGGAGGGGAGGGGCUGGGGAUUGAAAGCUAUGGCUGAUAUUAAGAAGGGAGCAUUUGUGAAUGAGUAUGUAGGUGACCUGGUAGAUGAGGAGGAGUGUAAAAGACGCCUGGAGAAAGCUCAUGAGACCGGCAUUCACAACUUCUAUAUGAUGACCCUGGACAUGGACAGGAUCAUAGAUGCCGGUCCGAAGGGCAAUAUGUCACGCUUCAUGAACCAUAGCUGUGAUCCGAACCUGGAGACUCAGAAGUGGUACGUCAAUGGUGACAUACGUGUAGGACUGUUCGCUCUCAGGGAUAUUAAAGAAGGUGAAGAGUUGACUUUCAACUACAACUUUGACUGCCUGGGAAAUGAGCAGACAAAAUGCCAGUGUGGGGCGGAGAACUGCAGUGGCUACCUCGGAGUCCGACCUAAAACCCAGUCUGCUCAACUAGCUGAGAUGAAACGGAAGGAAGCAAAACACACAAAGCUCAAGAAGAAAAAGAAGUUACUGAUAAAGCGUAAACAUGAUGACGAUUGUUUCCGGUGCGGAGAGGGCGGAGAAUUAGUGAUGUGUGACCGCACAUCGUGUCCGAAGAGUUACCACCUUCGUUGCCUUGGGCUUAGUAAACCACCAUAUGGAAAAUGGGACUGUCCCUGGCACCACUGCGAUGACUGUGGAAAGCCUGCAGUUAGCAAGUGUGUCGAGUGCCCCAAUUCCUACUGCCAGACCCACACUGAGGAACAAACACAGGAGUUUGAAGGCAGAAUAUAUUGCACAGAACACGAAGAUCUGCUCGAUACACUGAUGGAAUCUCAGUCACAGACAUCAGCUCCAUCUGAUGAUGAAUCUGUUCAAGAUGGCGAGAAAUCUGAGAAACCUACUGGUAAGAAAGAUGUCAGUAAGAAUGGGAAGAGUAAGAAUGGCGAGAAGGUGAAAAAAGAUAACGGUGAAGUUAAAGAGAAAAAGACUAAGGCUGAGACUUUGCCACCGAAGAAACGUGCAAAGCUUCAGGCUGAAAGUAUAAUGGGGAAAAAUGAAAAUGGCGAUGAAAAGCCUGCUAGUGGUGGAAAUAAUGGUGAGAAGGUAACAAGUGUUGGAGGUAAAGCAACAAAAGCUCGGCGGGGGUCAGCAAAAGGGGAGGGUGGUAGAAAGAGUUCAGGUUUGGAAGAGACUCUCGCAGUUGCUCCUAUGUUUGAUGACGAUGAGGAGGAGGAAUUUGGACUUGUUAUAGAUAUUCCAAACUUCUAAACUUUGCAUGAAUAUUGAUUUUCAUAACAUGUCAUUUCAUUUUUUUCAUGAAUGUUUUUCCUUAUAUUUUUCUUCGUUUUGGUGCAAAGUUUAUUUUUUAUCUUGAUACACAAACCCAUUUAUUUCAUUGAGUAUGUGAAAACCGAGUGAUUAAAGCAAAAAGGUUCUUUUACUUCUUUUUUUAAUGUCACUUAGAACCUUUUUCUAUUCACCCAUUGAAAUGUUCUAGGCAUUCCGUGAGUCUGUUGGCAGCUGUGGUUUUUAGGUUUCUUUCUACAUUUGGAAAGUCAUGUAUUUGUUUCAUUCUUGUGUAAAGCCAUUAUUCAUUUCCUGGAUUAGUUUAGUAAAGAAAAGAUUGGUUAGAGCAUUCCUCCAUUAAACAUGAAGCAAAUUGAUGAACCAAAAACCAAUGAUGGUUUUGUGAGCACAUUUAAGACAGAUAGUUUUUUAAUGUUGACGAAUCAGGUUGUUCUCACAGAAUCAACAUUAGAAUUUUAUACUGUUCAGGAUAUGUUGAUGGUAAUGUAUUUUUUCAAUUAUUGUCUUAACUAGUUCAGUGGUCGAAAUUAGCGCAAGCCCUGCACUGGGUAAAGCAGAUGUGUAAAAAAAUUGGGCUUGUUCAUCCAAAAGCUUAGUUUCGAUUACUGCUAGUUAGCUUUAGUUUUAUCAUUUAUGAAAGCAUAUUCAAUUCUGUUCAUGUGCUUGGAUUUAUUCUCAUUUCAUAUUUAUCCUUAAUAAUUCACAGUUUUAAAUUCUAGCAUAUUUCAGGAAUUUUAAAAUUGUAAAAUAUGUUAAAUAUUAAGAGUUUUAAGAGUAUAAUAUCAAUUUACAUUAUACAAUUACAUGUAUAACAUGUUAUGUGCUGUAGAGACUGGGAUGGGGUUGUUUUUAUCAAGAAUCGGAGGAGUGAUAUUUAAAACUGCAGUACUCCUGUAGGAAAGGGAUCCCAGUAUUCAGGAUGGCAGUCUUGCAAAACAAGCUGUCUGUAAAAUAAAAUGUACAUUAAAUGGUUAUUUAUGAUCAAAUUUUACAGUGGUUGAAAUUAAGAUUUGUUUUAUUACCUAAGCCUGCAUACUUGAUAUUCAUCUUUAAAUGAUCAAAUCAAACGAUACAAAUAAAUAAACAUGAUUAUAUUAUACCCAGAUCAUUUUACAUGCCCCAGCUUGAUUCUGAUUUAUAACACUGAUUUAUUGGAAAUAAUUCUGCACUAUGUUUGCAUGCCAAGGUUCUUAUGUUACCAGAUUAUAUUGUUUAACAAUCAAUUCUGUUUAUGUAUAAAUACUGCUAUGCCAUCAUUUAUAGCUAUUCUCUGUGUUCUCAAGUGUUUACAUAUUUUUAUCAUAAAAUGUUUCAGAAUUUUAAUCGUGUAUAUAUUGAUAAUGAAAUUCUACGAUAACUGAUUAAUUAUGUGGAUUAUGUAUAUACUCAAAAUAUUUUAAUUGAAUUCCUUGCAUGAAUAGCUACUGUUCUCUGUUAACAUAUUUGGUUCUUAACAGAUGCUUGUACAGUGAAAUACAUUUCAUGGAAGAGAACUAAAUAAAUGUCUGAUGAAAAA